GACCGGGAACGGCCACCGAACUCCGUCCGUCCGACACACCACACACCACAGACGCCGGUAAAUUUCAUCUGCCCAGUUACUCCCAGCGGCAGUGCACUUUGUGCUGCCUGCGUUCUUCCCCUGGGAGCACGCCGAAAGAUCCAAGCGCAAGGCCACCAAACAAGGCCGCCUCCCAAUCUCCGAGCAAUUUCAUAUUCUUUUUCCUCCCGUUUCUUGUGUUAUUCCCUCUCGUUUAUCCUUGAUCCGUCUCCCAUAAGGCGAGGGGAGGAACCAGGAGAUUGUUGCCGUCCCUGUCACCCCAUACCGCGCUGUCGUGGUGUCCUAUGCGACUCGUUUGUCCCCAUCGUCUGGUUGUUGGUUAAUCCAAGGCCAUGGAUGUCCAUGAGGACGCCUGAGAAGUCAGAGUUGCUUGCUUGCUGAAAAGCCUCAAUUGCUCGUUUUAAAGGGGAUUUUUACUGCUAGUCUCUGAGCCGCCAAUUUUUUCACCACUCAGCUGGUGGUACUCGUACUCCCCACAUCCACCAGGCAAGAACAACAACAUCAGUUGGCAGCAGAAGAAAAAGGUUCUCCCUUUGUACUGAAAGCACAAAAAAUCUCUCUAUCCCUGACUCUUUCCCCUCACUCCAUCACUCCGAGGAGGUAGAGUGAGCUAGCGAUACAGGUGGCUCUGCCUGUUGAGUCCAGUGUGUGCCACUUCUCUCACAAACACUGCGGCGAGCUUGUUUCUAUCCUGCAAGAAACACCAAUCUUCGCUAGUUUAUGCGUCGAUCCAAACACCAAUCUUGGAUUUCUGCUGCAAGGGCUGUGCUUCUUGUAGCAAAAGGCCCAAACAUUUGAUCCCAAGCCAGCUCGGAAUCGGAUCCCUGCGAGGACCAGGCGGCCGGCCAUGGCGUCACGCUCCUACUCCAACCUCCUCGACCUGGCCACCGGAGCAGCCGACCAGGCGCCGGCGGCCGCCGCGAUUAGCGCGCUCCGGCGGAGGCUCCCGCGCGUGGUCACCAACCCCGGGUUCAUCGACGACUCCCCGGCGUCGCCGUCCACGCCGGCGCGGCCGCGCACCAUCAUCGUGGCCAACCAGCUCCCCAUUCGGUCCCGCCGCCCGGCGUCGCCGGAGGAGCCCUGGACCUUCGAGUGGGACGAGGACUCCCUCCUCCGCCACCUCCACCACUCGUCCUCCCCCCUGAUGGAGUUCAUCUACAUCGGCUGCCUGCGCGACGACAUCCCGCAGGCCGACCAGGACGCCGUCGCGCAGGCGCUCCUCGAGACCCACAACUGUGUGCCGGCCUUCCUGCCCACGGACAUCGCCGAGCGCUACUACCACGGCUUCUGCAAGCAGCACCUGUGGCCGCUCUUCCACUACAUGCUGCCGCUGUCCCCCGACCUCGGCGGCCGCUUCGACCGCGCGCUCUGGCAGGCCUACGUCUCCGCGAACAAGAUCUUCGCCGACAAGGUGCUGGAGGUGAUCAACCCGGACGACGACUUCGUGUGGGUGCACGACUACCACCUCAUGGUGCUCCCCACCUUCCUGCGCAAGCGCUUCAACCGCAUCAAGCUCGGCUUCUUCCUGCACUCACCGUUCCCCUCGUCGGAGAUCUACAAGACGCUCCCCGUGCGCGAGGAGCUCCUGCGCGCCCUGCUCAACUCCGACCUCAUCGGCUUCCACACCUUCGACUACGCGCGCCACUUCCUCUCCUGCUGCGGCCGCAUGCUCGGGCUCUCGUACGAAUCCAAGAGGGGGCACAUUUGCCUCGAGUACUACGGCCGUACGGUGAGCAUCAAAAUCCUGCCCGUGGGGGUGCAUAUGGAGCAGCUCAAGACGGUGCUCGGGUUGCCGGAAACCGAGGCCAAGGUGGCUGAGCUGAUGGAGAUGUACUCGGGAAAGGGGAGAGUGGUCAUGCUGGGCGUCGACGACAUGGACAUCUUCAAGGGGAUCAGCCUUAAGCUGCUUGCCAUGGAGGAGCUGCUGCGGCAGCACCCUGAGUGGCGGGGGAAGCUGGUGCUGGUGCAGGUCGCCAACCCGGCGCGAGGAAGGGGGAAGGACGUCGCCGAGGUGCAGACCGAGACGUACGCCAUGGUGGGGCGCAUCAACGAGGUGUAUGGUGAGCCGGGGUACGAGCCGGUGGUCCUGAUUGAUGAGCCUUUGCAGUUCUACGAGCGCGUGGCCUACUAUGUCAUCGCCGAGGUGUGCCUGGUGACCGCGGUCAGGGACGGCAUGAACCUGAUUCCCUAUGAAUACAUCGUCUCACGGCAAGGCAACGAGAAGCUGGACGGGAUGCUGCGGCAGGGGAAGCCAGAGGAGAAAAAGAGUAUGCUUGUGGUGUCCGAGUUCAUCGGAUGCUCGCCGUCUCUGAGCGGCGCCAUCCGGGUGAACCCGUGGAACAUCGAGGCCGUGGCUGACGCCAUGGAGACUGCCCUUGUGUUGCCUGAGAAUGAGAAGAGGUUGCGUCACGAUAAGCACUUCCGCUACGUGAGCACCCACGAUGUCGGGUAUUGGGCUAACAGCUUCCUCGAGGACCUUAAGAGGACCUGCAGUGAUCAUUCUCAGAGAAGGUGCUGGGGCAUUGGCUUUGGGCUGCGGUUCAGAGUGGUCUCGCUCGACCUUCACUUCAGGAAGCUUUCCUUGGAGAGCAUUCUUAUGGCAUACCGGAGAGCCAAGACACGGGCAAUUCUGCUUGACUACGAUGGCACGCUGAUGCCACAGGCGAUUAACAAGAGCCCCUCCACUGAAUCUGUUCGGAUCCUCAAUAGCUUGUGCGGAGACAAGAAAAAUGUGGUGUACCUAUGCAGCGGGUAUGACCGGCGCACUCUUCAUGAGUGGUUCCCUUGUGAGAACCUUGGCAUAGCUGCGGAGCAUGGCUACUUCCUGAGGUGUAAGAGGGACGCAGAAUGGAAGACCUGUGUCACUGCUACCGACUGCAGCUGGAAGCAGAUCGCCGAGCCGGUGAUGUGCCUGUACAGGGAGACGACGGAUGGCUCAACCAUCGAGGACAGGGAGACGGUGCUCGUCUGGAACUACGAAGAUGCGGACCCUGACUUCGGCUCAUGCCAGGCCAAGGAGCUCGUCGACCACCUUGAGAGCGUGCUUGCAAAUGAGCCUGUAUCAGUGAAGACCACGCCUCACUCUGUUGAAGUGAAACCGCAGGGCGUGAGCAAGGGCUUGGUGGCUCGGCGCAUGCUGGUGUCGAUGAAGGACCGCGGCCAGUGCCCGGACUUCGUCCUGUGCAUCGGUGACGACAAGUCCGACGAGGACAUGUUCCAGCUGAUUGCCAGUGCUGCCUGCGGGGACUCGCUAGGGUCCAAGGCGGAGGUGUUCGCGUGUACCGUCGGCCGCAAGCCCAGCAAGGCCAAGUACUACCUCGACGACGCGGCAGAGGUGGUGAGGCUGAUGCAGGGGCUUUCCUACGUCUCCGAGGAGCUGGCCCUGGCGAACCACCGGGAUGAAGACGACGACUCUUCUCUGGACGUGUGGGAGUAGUAGCAUUCCCGUCGUCGUGCUAGCUCCUGCGGUGGCUGGGAUUUGCAUGAGCCGGGCGUAAAAUGUUUGUUUGUGUUGGCUCGGUUGGAGCUAUCACCGAAACGCCGAGGCCGAAUAUUUGAGUAGUUAGGUGUGUAAAUGAGGUAUGCAUGCUUUAUCAGGGUAAUGUAUUGUCAGUGAUUUAGUCUAAGGAGCUGCUGAGCUGUCUUGAAUCUAGUGAUGCAGUAGUUACUACCAUUGAUCACAGUACUUGUUUCUAGUGAUGAUCUGGUAGUUUAGUUUGUGGUGUUAUUUACCUGAUCAGUGGAAAGCAGUAUGAGCUAUGCACGAUGCAGACCUGAAAUUUCAUUCAUCUAAAGAUCAUAGCUUUUCUCGGAGGCGUGUGUAUACAUAUUUGGAAAGAACUAUCUGUCUGAUUUGUUUGUAAGACCUCAAGGAGUUCAUUUUUAUGUGAUGAUCAGUUUACU